CAGUUAACCUGCUACUACUGCCGCUCCGAUUUCCGAGCGCGUAAAGACCUAACGCGGAACCCCUAAAAUAUUCCACCGAUGGCUGUGAAGGCGUAAGCAUGCCCGAUCUAAUCAGCUCUACUACGGUGGUCCAGUGCUUGCUAGUGCUCUGAGGGUGAGAUCACCAUUUUUUUUGUUGUUGCUUAUUUGCUGUGCUGUGUGAAAACUUUUGCGGUAGGCUUGAAGGUGAGAUCACACUUGAAUCUCCGGGUCCAGGGUAGACAAAAUCCGUGGCCUGAUCGGUGAAGAUGCGUGCUCUGAUGCUGCUCUGGAAAUUGUUUUUACCCACAGCCACCCGCCAGCCAUCAACCCACGGUGCGUGUGUGUGUGUGUGUGUGUUCUUGCCGGUCGCCAAUUCAACUAUUCCGAAAGGUACGCCCGCACAAUUUUGUGUCCCAACUGAAUGUUGUGCUGGGAAGGAGCGAGUGACUACGAUGCCACGCCGGCCGGGUCCUAUCUAUCCUCGCAGGCACUACACGCCAACACGUUCAUGCACUCGAGCCGGAAGUCCAGCGUACCAUUGCCUUGGAGUUCGACAACGCACGCAACGCACAACAUGGAACAAAUCUCCGGUCCGCCGGCCAAGACCGGUACCUUCUACCAAACGCCCCGUUCACAUCCGUGGCGUCCCACGAUGGGUUACGAAGCGGUCGAAGUGACGCCUCUGCAUGAGCAACCGAUCACCAACCAGCUCGUUGCAUCGUCCUACUCCCCAUCGGGCAUGUGUUCGGAUCCGGUCACCUUCCCGAACCUGGUCACCGGGUUCGAGCGCAAUCCGCAGCAUGCUGCCCGUGCCGCCCUGUACACGCGCUACACACCGAACGAGUGGACCACCUCGAACGUCUGCACGUACGCGGACGCGGACAAGAACCGCAACUACUCGGAGAAGGUACGCUCCGAGGCGGUACGGUUGAUGCGCGAAACGGACGAAAAAACUUCGCAAGGGCAGCGAGAUGCGGCCCGUCGGCUCGGUGAACGUAUCACCGACAUUACCUUCUGGCGCAACGAGCUAACGACCGAGCUGGAGAAGCUGAUAGCCGAAUCGGCCCAGCUAACCGACACGAAGCGAAACGUGCAGAAGGCACUGCAGGACCUAGAUCCGCCGCUUCACAUCGCCCAGGAGUGUCUGUACCAUCGGGAGUCGCGCAAAGGUAUCGAGCUGGUGCACGAUCACGUCGAGAAGAGUCUGCUGGUGGAGGUGGACAAUUUGCGCGCGAGCCAGGAGAAGCUGUCGCAGCUGUUGGCGAAGAUCACCAAGCAGCUGGCGGACUGUCGGGCGGCGCAGCACUCACUCGAGGACGAUAUUAGCCAUAAAGAGUCGGCACUCGGUAUCGACUCGAUCUGUCACCAGCUUAACAACUAUAGCCGAGGCAUUAACUACUACGGUGGAAUCGAGAAGUAUGACCCAACCGUUAGUACACCCGGUACGUGGUCCGGUUCGAGCAGUACAAGGAUCAACAACUCACACUCGGAAAGAUCCAAGUCCUGCCAGCUGCGCAGUGAUGCCGAAUCACUGAUCAACGCAGUGGCGACCUCCGUGUGGGACUGCUGGAGCAACACGAACAACGCGUUCAAUAAUCGCGCCUCCGAGAUGCUGGAAGCAAAGAGCAAGAUGCAACUACAUCUGCACAAGACCCAGCAGGAAAUCUUUGACGUUGAGAAGCACAUCGAGCUGCUCCGUAAGGCGAUUAACGACAAAUCAAACCCGAUGAAGGUGGCCCAAACGCGCCUGGAAGCGCGAGCACACCGUCCCGGUAUCGAGAUGUGCCGUGAUAACGCUCACCUACGUUUGGUGGAGGAGGUGUGCACGAUCCAGGAUUCGGUCGCCACGCUACACCGCAAGCUGCAGGAAGCCGAAGCGCAGCAUCAACAGCUGCUGCGCACCAAGUCUCAGCUCGAGAGCAACCUGAAGCAGAAGGUGGACGCACUGUUCAUCGAUCGCGAGAAGUGUAUGGGACUGCGACGCUCCUUCCCGGUGAACAACACGAUUAAAUAUUAAACGUCCGCGCACACCCUGAACGAACGCACACUUCUAAUAGGGAUGUCGAUCCCCCGUCCCCGGCUUGUCAGUUGUGUUCUGCUUCUACUAUACAUAUAUAAAUACCUAUAUCGUUCGCAAAAAAAAACAACAAACAACGUAUCUUAUCACUCUGGUAGCGCAAUUUGGAAAGCGAUAGAGAGGACGACGCGGUCCGGCUAACACACGUACGAAAAAGAAAACACAAUAAAGGCCCACAUCGUUGAAUUUGUUAGAUUUCCAGACAAA